AUGUCCGCCGCCAGUCCUAGACCUGUUGACUCGAGUCUGGCCGCCAUUGUCCGAAAAAGCCGAAGCGCGAGUGACGUGUCGCCCACGAGCGCAUUUGACUUGGCGGUUGAUCCGAAUCAUUCAAAGCGAGAAGGAGGAGGUCCUCUAGAUCGUGUCUCGGUUCAGAGCGACGAUCCAGUGGGAGCUGCAGCUGAACUAGAAGAAGGGGCGAAGGAGGACACGGAGCGUUUCAAGGAACGAGCGACGGGAGAGGACAUUGUCGAGGCGGCGGCAGGGGAGCUGAAGGAGGAGAAGUGUACGGACUACCUUAAGACGGAGGACAGGCCAGAGAUGCUGGCCGGAACGCCUUGUGACGACUCGGGGAAAGAGGAGAAGGAAGCGGUCAAUCAGCAGCAGCAAGAGCCUUUAGCCCGGCUUGCAACUGCGAGAAGUGCCGAGUCGAGGUGUGUUUCGCGACGCCCGUUUGUCCCGUUGGCAUCCAGGAGCUGGCGCGUGCGAGCGAUGGAGUCCAAUUCGCAGAUUACGCGUCUGAUGAAGGCCGCGCUGCUUCAGACGCUGGUGCAUGCUAUCCGUACUGGAUCAGUGGAAGGGGUGAAGGUUGCAAUUGAGCGUGGAGUGCAGGUGCAGUAUCUGGACAGUCGCCAGCGCAACCUCGUCAUGCUGGCAACCAAGUGUGACACCGAUGCUCGUCUGCGCAUUGCAAUUAUUUUGCUGGACGCUGGCUGUGAUAUGAACCACAAAGAUCUGCUAGGCUGGAGCUGCCUGCACUACGCUUGUGCAAGCGGCGCUAGCGAUGUGGCCACCGAGCUCGUUCGUCGUGGAGCUCGCGUCGAGUUUAAUCCGUACGGCUAUGGUCCUGAAGACUUUAACAUCCCCAAGGUGGCACGUGCAAAGAGUCUGUUGCAGCACACGGAGCAGCUUCAGCAUGAGCAAAAUGUGUGUGCUGCGUGGGCGUACUUUCGUCGUCAGGCAGAGAAGUCGAACUUCAGCGUAAAGUGCAAAUCGAACUGUGAUAUUGGCAAGCCUUUAAAGAUCACGUUCCAAGCUCCUGCAGGACAUAGUCUCCUGGACCGUAUCCGCGUGGUUGACAUGAACUCGGAUGUGGCUCUUUGGCUGCAGGUCUCCAAGACCUUUAGUAUUCCCGCCGGUGACGUGGGCUCGAUCACAUUAGAUGUCGAGACGCUGGAUCGCCCGUCGCUGUAUCGUAUUGUGUACGAGAAAUACGAGCCGAUGCCCACCCAUCAGCAGCAACCAGCAGACUUGGGCGCUGACAGUAAAUUGUGCGUCAAAAAUCUCGAUACGGGAGCGACACUGUCGAUGGGCAGCGUCAAUACGUUGGUGUUAAAGGAGCUCAAGAGCUCUCGAUCAUCGAAGAGUUCAACAAAGCUGUCGAGUUCAUCCAGACCAGCGCCCAAAUCGGACACAGCUGCGACCAUGGUGCGACGAGGAUCGACAACUCGAGCACGCGAGAUCACUCAAAGAGUGUGCGAAGCAACCGUAGAGGAAGACGAUGGUGGAGAAGAAGCCAAAGAUGCUGACUUCUCAGCCGGUGACACGCUUACAGCGCAGGUGGUCGCGGAGCACCCAGCGUUGACGAGCAUUACGGGUGUAUACAAAAUCGUGGCCAUGGGGGCUGUCAGCGUUUCAACGAGGAGAACUGCCAAGGCGAAUGAAUAUGAGAUCUCUAUCCGUGACAAGGGCCCACUUGGUCUUCAGUUGGCGCCAAAAAUCGAUGGUUCGAAGAGAUCCCCGCGUCUUAUUGUACGACGCAGCCAAGGCCAAACGGCGGCCGUGAAUCCAGGUGAUUGUCUUGUUGCAAUAGGUAACGCGAACAUUGAGCACGCUGGUCUCAAGCACACGCUGUGGGCACUGAACGACGCAAAGCGGCCGCUCGUCCUUCGCUUUCGACGCGGAAAUGCGAAGGAGAAAAGGAGUUUGUUUACGGCCGGUCUGCUUAAGUUUACAGGACCUCAUAGACAUCCCGUUAUUGCGGUGUAG